CAAAAUUGGGAGUGGUGAGACAGACGGGUUGCAAACUGUGAACCUCACCUGCCCUGGCAGCUUUUAGUAGUCGACAUGUACUGAAGCUGUCUGGGUGAGAGACAUAAUUCAGUGUCAAAGAAGACAGUACAUGAACAAAACUUCAGAGACGUCAAACAGCUGACUAUGAGUGAACACUUGAGAGGGAGCUACUAUGAGUCCUCCUCCCCAGAGCUCAGACUCAUUCUUUUGGGAAACAUUGGAUGUGGUAAGACAUCAUCAGCAGACACUAUCUUGGGCCAGCUGUCCCCCAUCUCUCCCAGUGCCUCCAGGAACUGCCAACUGCGACAGGGGAUCUCUGAUGGCAGGAGUGUGACCCUGGUGGAGGCGCCGAGAUGGUACUGGAGCGGCGGCAAGAUGGAAGACAGUGUCAAGAAGGAGACAGAGCGGGCAAUGACGCUAGUAGCACCGGGCCCACAUGCUGUUUUGCUGCUGGUGCCUGUUAGCCAGUUCACAGAGAUGGAGGGUCGUGUGCCUGCAGAACUGGAGGAGGUCUUUGGAAAGGAGGUGCUGGAUCACACCCUGGUACUGCUGACCUGUGGGGACUACUUGAUGGGAAGAGAAGUAGAGGAAUACCUGCAGAAAGAACACCCAGGCCUGAGGCAGAUAAUCGAGCUGUGUGGAGGAAGGUACCAUGUAAUCAAUAAUCGUCAAAGACAGGACAGGGAACAGGUCCACGAACUGCUGGAAAAGGUGGACGAUAUAGUGAAGAAGAAUGGGGUAUACUAUAUGAAAACAGCCCAGGAGAGAGAGCUGGAGAAGCGAGUGAAAGACAGAAAGCGAGAACUUAUGGAAAGUUACAGAGCUCAAAAGGAAGAGAGAAGAGAGACGGCCGCUUCAACGCACAUCACUAACACAGAAACACAGAGGAGUAUUGAUAGAGUAGAGGAGUACAGCGCCGCCUUGGAGAGGAGGAGAAGUGAUGUGAUGGAGGGAAGAGUGGGUGUGAGCCAGGUGUCUAACGGGCUUCAUUCAUCUCCAGUGCCAGAGCGACAGUCUUUUACAGAUGACAGGCAGGUGAAGAGGACGCCCAGUUUCAGACUAAAUGCAGAUGGAGCUAUACUCUCACAAAUGUCUGAGGAAAAAACAUCUCCAAAAGUAAUCACUACUUUUCACCACAGAAUCAACAGCUCUGGAGAAAUAUCCCCUGGUGCAUCUCCGACCUCCGCUCCUCAUUCGCCUGUCUUCUCCUCCUCUACCCCCUCCUCGCCGACCUUCACUUCCUCUCCCUCCUAUGCUUCCUCACUCCCCCCAUCCUCCUCGCCCUCCUCAUCCUCGUCCUCCUCAGCCUCUCCGGAGCUGCGUCUGGUGCUGCUCGGGCGAUCUGGAGCGGGCAAGAGCGCAGCUGGAAACACCAUACUUGGGCGGGAGGAGUUCAAGUCACGCCCGGAAAGCCUCACAGCAAUCACUCAGGAGUGUGAGAAAAAGAAAACUCUGGUUGAAGGAAGACGGGUGGCGGUAGUGGAUACCCCAGACUGGUUCAAUUCAGAGCAAACUCCAGAUGAGGUGCGAGCUCAGAUCUCCUCCUGUGUGGCUUUGUCCAGUCCAGGUCCUCAUGCUUUCCUGAUGUGCGUCCCCUUAGACCAGCCUGCAAAGACAGAGCUGCAGGCUCUCAGGGCCCUCGAGUCAGUUUUUGGCCCAGAGGCGGUCCAAAGACACACUCUGGUCCUCUUUACUUAUGCAGAUCGACUGAGGGAGAGCGGGAAGGCUGGAAAUGACAGCGUGGAGGCGUACAUUGCUGGACAGCGGGGGGAUUUGCUAAAGCUUGUAGAGAAAUGCCGGGACAGGUUUCAUGUGAUGGAGAAGGGACGAGAUUGGAGGGAGAGGAGGAAUGUGGCAGAGCUGCUAGAGAAGGUGGAGCAGACAGUAAAGGAGGCUGAAGGGCAGUGUUAUUCUUGUCCUGCUUUUCAAGAGGCAGAAAACAAAGUGAGGCAGAAACAAGUAGAGAUAGCAAGGGAAAGAAAGGGAAAAAAACUAGAGGAAGAAAGACAAGGAGACGUUAGAAAACUCAACCCUGAAAGGCGGAUGCUUUAUCCCUACAUGCAGCCUGUGGCUGAGGCAGAAGAGGAAGUGAGAGAGGAUGAGAUUGAGAAAACAAGGGAUGAGGCAGAGAUGAGUGUCAAAACCAUGAAUAUCGAGAGCCUUCCUCCUGUUACGCUUUCCACCAUGUCCCCUUCGCUUCUCUGCUCCAUUAAGGAGAAAAUGGAGUAUAGUGCAAAGAAUUUACCCAAGCUGUUGGCAGAUAGCUCUGUGUGGAUCAGUGAGGGAGCAAAGAAGAUGAAAAGUAGUCCAGUUUGGGGGACAAUCGGCAGUGGAACACAAAAUGUCCAGAAGAUGGUGGUUGAUAGUUCAGUGUGGGGGAAGGUGGGAGCUAGUGCUGGACAUGUGUCCAAACUAGUAGGAGAUAAGGUUCCCAAGGUAGUGGUGGAUGGUUCUACAUGGGUGGGAUCUGGAGCAAAGGCAGCAGCGGCAAGUCCCAUGUGGGGAAAAGUCGGUUCAGGGGCCAAAAUAAUGGCAGGCAGUUCCAAACGUGUCGGAGCUGGGAUUGGAGCUGGGGCAAAGAAUUUGGCGCAGAGUCCUAUGUGGGGAAAAGUAGGAUCCGGGGCCAAAACUGGAGCUAAACUGGUGGCUGGCGGCUCACUACGAGUUGGAGCUGGAAUUGGUGCCGGUGCAAAGAAGGUGGCACAGAGUCCAAUGUGGGGGAAGGUGGGCUCUGGCGCCAAAGCAGGAGUUAAAAUGGUGGCUGACAGCUCAGUGUGGGAGAAAAUUGCGACUACUGCGAAACAGGUGCCCAAGGUAGUCAUAGGGGGCGCGUUGCUGGGUCUGGUGCUUGGCGUGUUUUUGGGGGGCGUCAUUGGCGGAGCUGUCGGGGCAGCUGCUGGAUCUGCGGUAUCUGAGGUCGGCAGACGAAAAUUCAGCAACAGAAACACGUUAGAAAAGACAGAAGAAGCUGCAAAAAAUGUGGAGAGAACAGUGAAUGACAGAAUAGACUCCGUGGUGAAACAAGGAGAGAAAGUAUUGAAAACUGAAUGAAUGGCUGAAUGUAUAUAAAAUGUAUAACAACUGUAAAAACAUUUAUUUGUCUAGAAUUAGUACAAUCACAAUGUAUAAUUCAGACGUGUUCUAAGAGCCUUUCUAUGUUUCUCUCUUUUUAUUCAAACAGAGUGAAAGGGUUCAUUUCAAAAUACUUUUUUAUAAACAAAUUGGAUUAACUAUUUUAAAAAACAAAUGCUUUGAGAUGAUUCCCAACUUCAAUAUUAUUCCAUUAUUUGCACUCUGGCAGUUAAUGAAUGAGGACGGGUAUUAAUAUGUUUGACAAAAUGAACUAAAUUUAUAUACUAAAAUGUAGUUGUUAGGGAAAGUAUUUAGGUGCUGUUCUGUUUGCAAGACGUCAAAUUCCGUAAGAAAAUAAAAAUGUUACUUUUGUUUUUGUCAAAUAUUCAACCUAUUUCCUGUCCACCUGUUGUUGUUGUUGUUGUUGUUGUUGUUGUUGUUGUUGUAAGCAGUGAUUUCAAGUUGAAUUUAAACAUAAUUUCGUAAGCAAGCAUUUAGCAUGUUAGCACUUAUCUCCUGCUAAUACUGUAAUCUUCCUCAGCACUUAAUUAAGAAAACAUUCACAGAACUAUUGCAUCUUUGUCUGUUGUUUUAAAUUUAACACAGGACAUAAUGUAUGAAAAAGUCUAAACACAUAUUUUGACACAAAUACUGUGUGAUGGAUAGUUUUUUCAUGUCCUCUUAAAUAUUUUUUCACUAUUUCACCGUUCUACACUGACUUUGUUUCUGCAUUCAUUAAACCUCGCAACUUGCUAAAUCUCUGCAUUAAAAAGCUGCAAGCUAAGCUAAA